AUGGAAGCUGUGGCUUUGCCCACCAAUGAUGCCAAAGUGGUGAUGAGCUUUCUUCAGAGAUAUAUCUUUAGCCGGUUUGGUGUUCCACAGACACUCAUUUGUGAUGGAGGAAGCCAUUUCUGCAACAGACAGCUGGACUCUCUUCUGCUGAGAUAUGGAGUCCGUCAUAAAGUGGCAACCCCCUAUCACCCUCAGACAAGUGGACAGGUUGAAGUUUCCAACAGGGAACUUAAGAGGAUUCUAGAGAAGACCGUCAGUAUUUCCAUAAAGGACUGGUCUAGGAAGCUUGAUGAUGAUCUCUGGGCAUACCGGACAGCAUACAAGACUACCAUUGGCAUGUCCCCUUAUCAGUUGGUCUAUGGCAAAGCCUGUCACUUGCCAGUUGAGCUGGAGCAUAAAACUUACUGGGCAAUCAGAUAUUCAGCCUAUGAGAAUGCCAAGCUCUAUAAGGAAAGAACCAAGCUACUGCAUGACAAAAAGAUUGCCAUCAGAGUCUUUGAGCCAGGACAAAGAGUGCUUUUAUAUAAUUCAAGGCUCAAAUUCUUUCCCGGAAAGCUGAAAUCUCGAUGGUUAGGACCGUUUGUGGUUACCAGAGUUUCACCAUAUGGUCCUGUGGAAAUACAGGAAGAGAAUUCUGACAGGAAAUUUACAGUGAAUGGCCAGAGGUUGAAGCACUAUCUUGGAGGCGAGAUUGAUCACCAGAGGUCCACUCAUCUGCUGAAUUAG